AGGUCUUGUAACAAACCUAUUUUUUCAGUUUCCUGAACGAUGCUGAGGAACAUCUUGCAAAUCAUAAUAAGAACCACAAAGGUCAGUCUAAUCGUAAUAAUGGCAUGAAGGGGAAUAUCUAGAGGAAAGUAACUCAUGGGAGUGGAGGGCAGGGAUGCCAAGAUUUUCCACAAAAAAAAUCUUCUGUUCGUGAUCAGGAAAAAAUUAUUGGAAAAAUCAUAAUCCUACAAGGAAGAGGCCAUUGAGUGACAGUUGAAGAAAAUUAAAUUUUGAGAUCUUUCCUAAAAGUCUGGUUGCCUGUUGGCUGAAAAAUACAGAACACCUGAAAUGAGUUAACAAAAUAUUAGAAGCCUCCAGGGCAACACACGCUUGGGAGUGAAAUCCAAGCCUUGAUCCAGGCCAGGUUAUGCAACCCCCUCUGGGUAGAGACUGACUAGUAAUAGCAAACGAUGGAGUUGGAUCUUGGGAAUUUCCUAGAUAUUUUUUUUUGUUGUUGUUGUUGCCAGUCGGCGGUCUGCAAAUCAAGCAUUAUAGAACUUGGCUGACUUUGUGGACUUAGGAAUUAUCUGGGAUUUUGAUUCUGGUCUCCUCUGUUGCUGAGAAUCGGGGUGCACACUCGGGACCAGAGGGGUGUAUAGGCUCCACUGGCCAUUAUGGGGUCACCUUUCUGGUCUCCUUGACAACCUCCGUUGGGGUUUCCCGGGUAACCUAAACCAUGGGGAGGUCGCCAGGCGAAUACCCGGGCGGGCUAUAGGAAGGGACUUGUGGGCCCCUUUUGCAUUCUUAGAGGCCGUCGGCGCACUGGCGGCCCCUCAGUUCCUAAGACUUGGGUCUUGGUCCCCAGCCUGGCCUGGCAUGGCGGACGCGCUGCCCGGCGGCCCUCGGCGAGUGGGCGCGCAGCACGACCUGCUGGAGAAGGUGGCGCGUCUGAAGCGGUGUGGUUCGCAGCGUGGGCAGCAGGAGGCUGCCGGACGGCGUGUGGCCACCAGCGACCGCGGCUCCUGCUCGGGAUGCUGGUGCUGGCGGCGGCUCUUCCGACGGAUCGAGGCGCGAAGCCCACGCAGGAAGGCCAAAUACGCGCGGCCCGGCAAGGCGGCCCAGGAGCAAGGCCUGUGGGACCACCCGAGCCUGCAGAAGCUGUUCCAGAGGCUGGCGAUGUGGAGGCGGCGCUACCUGCGGUGCGGGGAGCAGCGGGAGAGGCUGGAGGAGAUCCCGCUGCUGGUGCUGGACCGCGCGGAGCGUGGCGACUAGGCCAAGGGCCGCGCUGCAGACAUAAGGCCAGGGCACAAGGCCCUGCCUGUCUGUUGAUCCCCACGAGGAACCGAUGUCCCACUCAGCUCCUCUGCACCCAGAGCACUGCAAUGUUUAUUUAACAAAGGCAAGAAAUGAAAGUAAAUAAAAAGGCUCUAUGAAUGAAA